AUGAUUUACACGGCGAUUGAUAACUUCUACAUAACGGAAGAGCAGAUAAAGAUGUCACCUUCAAGGAAAGAUGGGAUAGAUGAAGCAACCGAAGUGGCACUUAGAAUCUAUGGAUGUGAGAUCUCAUCCAAGAAGCUGGUGGAAUAUUGCUCAAGCUCAGUUAUGGCUACUGGGCAGAUUCUUUUCCACAGAUUCUAUUGUAAGAAGUCUCUUGCCAAAUUCGAUGUUAAGAUUGUUGCUGCGAGCUGUGUCUGGCUUGCAUCAAAACUGGAAGAGAACCCUAAGAAGGCGAGACAGAUCAUCAUUGUGUUCUACAGGAUGGAGUGUCGCAGGGAGAACUUACCCUUAGGUCAUCUUGAUUUGUUCUCCAACAAGUACUCUGAGUUGAAAGUUGAGUUGAGCAGAACUGAGAGACAUGUACUUAAAGAGAUGGGUUUUGUUUGUCAUGUUGAACAUCCUCACAAGUUCAUCUCAAACUACCUUGCCACGCUUGAAACACCUCCCGAACUAAGGCAAGAAGCUUGGAACUUGGCUAAUGAUAGUCUGCGUACAACCCUUUGUGUAAGGUUCAGGGGUGAAGUUGUGGCUUGUGGGGUCGUGUAUGCUUAA